AUGGCGGCCGUGGCCGCACUGGCGGCCGGGGCGGCUUUCGUUGCAGCGCCUGCAAGAGCGCCCGUGGUUCCUAACAAGCCGGCCCCAUCGGGAAUGGCUUCGUCCGCCUCUGAACCUGCUGGCUGGGGAUUGGCGGCAGCAGGCCUGGCCCUCGGUGCGCACGUGGGCUUGGCAGCAGCCUGGCGUUCCAGAGCUUCCACAGCAGCCCGGGCUGCAAAAGAUGCCCCCGCCACCAAGUAUGUCGAGACCGUCGCCGACGAGAGGCUGUUCGAGCAGGUCUACCUGCAGUACACGUCCGAGUACUUGAAGGGACCGCUGUACUGGCACCCCGACAAGCUGCAGGGCUGGCUUCCCGACUACCCCGGCACGCCAAUGAUCAAGGAGGGCAAGUACACCUCCCACGUCAUCGGAAACCUGAAGGCUUUCAGCUCCAACGAGCUCGCAUUCUUGUCGAUGCUUUUCUUUGGAGUUGGCCUCUACGGCAACCUGCAGUUCAACUUCUACGACCCCCAGUGGGCGAAGGUUGAUGCAGGUGGCUUCUUCAAUGUCUCCUACAUCGUGGAGUCCUUCUUGCUUCCCAUCUCCUUCUUCAUGCACAUUGCCUGCUACAUUCAGAGACAGAAUGGCAAGUGA